UUCCCCUUUCCUUUCGCUUUCCCUGCCUGCCAGAGGCGUCCAGGUUGUGGCGGACCUCCGGCCGCCGGGUCUUCGGUUCGUUCCUGCCGGGAUGGCGGCGGCUGCGGCGUCCCUGCCGGCUGUCCCGGUGCUGAUCCACCGGCUGGCGGAGCGCCUGCUGAGGAGUCUCAGCCACUUAUUGGAUCGCGCGCCUCCGGGCAAGGGCUGGCGGGAUUUGGCGCAGCUGGCCGGGAGCCGCGGCGGAGUCCGGCUGAGUUCUCUUGAGUUGGAACAUUGUUCUCUGCAAGUUCUGGCUCCUGAAGGAAGUCCCAGCUGGAGUCUCCUCCAACUAAUGGGUGAAAGAGGCUGCACCGUUUCGGAGUUGACAGAAUUGCUGCAGUCCUUGGAACACACCGAGGCACUUCAGUUGCUCAAUCCAAGUAUAAAGAUCAUGGUAGAACCAGAAUCCCAAGCUGUUUUAUCUGGCCAGAAGGUGAAACUAAGCUGCUGGGCAACAGGAUAUCCUCUCCUAUAUUAUCAGUGGUUUAAAGAGAAAAAAAUGGUUCCAUAUGGGAAUUCCCCAGAACUGAUAUUCAAUCAAGUAACUGCAGAAGAUGCGGGAUUAUACAUAUGUCGAGUGAACAGCGAUUCUUCCUAUGAAUUCAGCCAAUGGGCACAGCUGGAUGUUUGUGAUAGCCAAAGAGAUGCUGAUGGAAGCUACCUCGAGUUGCCUGAAAAGAAAAUACACAUCUACCUGCAACCGCAAUCUCAGAACUUGAUGGUUGGGCAAAUGUUAAUUCUUCAAUGUGAAGCCACAGGAAAUCCCACGCCACAGUACCAGUGGUACAAAGAAGAAUUCCCACUUCCCAAUGGAGAGAAAAAGACCUAUGUGGUAUCCUGCGUAGACAUUGAACAUCAAGGAACGUAUUGGUGUCGCGUGUACAAUAAUCAAGACAAUGAAGAAAGCAGAAAAGUGAAAGUAACUAUAGGUGGAAAAUCUGUUGCAGUAGAAUGCACGGAAGAUGAAUUAAAUGACCUUGCAAGGCCUGCAGAUCUUGAACAAGCAACUGAAAGGCAGUUUGCAGUAGAUAAAGUAGCACUACUGAUGGGGAACAUGAGCUACUAUAACCAUCCCAAACUCAAGGCUCCACUAGUGGAUGUUUACGAGCUGACCAACUUGCUGAGGCAGAUGGACUUUAAAGUGGUCUCCUUGCUGGACCUGACCGAACCUGAGAUGCGGAAUGCAGUGGAUGAAUUCUUACUGCUCCUGGACAAAGGUGUCUACGGUCUAUUAUAUUAUGCUGGGCAUGGCUAUGAAAAUUAUGGUAAUAGUUUUAUGGUUCCUAUUGAUGCUCCAAAUCCCUAUCGAGCCGCAAACUGUCUAUGUGUACAAAACAUCCUCAAACUAAUGCAAGAAAAGGAUACUGGACUCAAUGUAUUUUUACUGGAUAUGUGCAGAAAAAGGAAUGAAUAUGACAAUACCGUUCUCGUCUUGGAUGCCCUGAAGGUUACAGCUAACAUUGUUUUUGGAUAUGCCACGUGCCAAGGGGCAGAAGCUUUUGAGAUUCAGCAGUCUGGAUUAGCCAAUGGAAUUUUCAUGAAGUUUUUGAAGGAACGUUUAUUAGAGGACAAGAAAAUUACUGUGCUGCUGGAUGGUGUGGCAGAAGCUUUUGAGAUUCAGCAGUCUGGAUUAGCCAAUGGAAUUUUCAUGAAGUUUUUGAAGGAACGUUUAUUAGAGGACAAGAAAAUUACUGUGCUGCUGGAUGGUGUGGCAGAAGGCUUGUUUUCAGAACUUUCUGAAAGUAUGUGCCUUCAGUUCCAAUGCGGGGUUCGGAUCCAGCUUGGUUUUGCUGCAGAAUUCUCCAACGUCAUGAUCAUCUACACAAGAAUCGUAACGAAGCCUCCUGAAAUAACUGUUUGCAAUGCUUAUGUCACCGAUUUUCCUCUUGAAUUGGAUGUGGAUCCUAAAGAAGCAAAUAAAGGAACUCCUGAGGAAACUGGCAGCUAUUUGCUUUCAAAAGAUUUGCCCAAACACUGUCUCUACACUAGAAUAAGUUCACUACAGAAGUUAAAGGAAGAUUUAACAUUCACUGUUUGCCUGCAUUAUGAAUACAUGGGACUCGAGGACCCGGUGGAUGAAAGAAAGGCGGUUAACAUCGGCAAGCCGCUGGUUGCCAAAUUGCGCAUUCACCAAGGAUUUGGAAAGUGCAGCUGCUUCCAGAGCUGUUCUUUGCCUAAUGGCGCUACCUCCGCCCAGUCACUGGCCACACAAGCGUCUGGAUUCUGCCCAUCUCACUUUAAUCAGCCGCAUUCUUACACUGGCUUUGUCCAAUCAAGUCCUUCUCUUCUAGAAAGCCUGAGACAGCCGCCAAGAUGCCACUGCAGGAUGGUGCCAGACAGAUCAACUGCAUGGCAAUCAAAAUGGUCAUAUUCAUACGAUUCAGACCUGAGCAAUAUUCCUGUGGAGACCACAGAUGAACUCGAAUCUGACUUCUCGGGAAGUUUAAAACUAUCUCAUGAGCCUUAGCCAACUUCAUUUUAUAGGCUGGAACAGCACUUUCAAUGGCCUUGCCCUGGGAUGAAAUUCUGAGGCCUGGUGACAUUGUUGGGCUUACAGUACUUGGCUGAGGGAGAAAAAACAGGGAUGAAAUCCAGCAGGUUCUGACAGGUUCUGAAGAACCGGUAGCGGAAAUUUUGAGUAGUUUGGCGAACUGGCAAAUACCACCUCUGGCUGGUCCCAGAGUGGGGUGGGAAUGGAGAUUUUGCAGUAUCCUUCCCCUGCCACGCCCACAGAACCGGUAGUAAAAAAAUUUGGAUUUCACUACUGAGAAAAAGAGUUUAAAAUGUUUUCCGACAACCAGAAACAGAAGUUGGAACAUUCCCAAGAUAUUAUCCUUCGUGAGGGGAAAGACGAAAAAGAAUUUGGUAAAGGCAGACUAGGUUUCUGUGGGAAACGACUCCCUAAUAACCCAGCACGUUAAUUGUCAGAAUAAGCACAAGCUAAGCAGAAGUCUUUAAAAUACAGAAAUGUUAAUGCGCUGAUUGAGAGACCUACAGUAGUUAUGAUAGCAGACUUCCACUGCACCAGACAAUGAAGAGAGGGAGAAUAGCAGAUAGCAAUAGCACUUAGAUUUAUAUACCGAUUUACAGUGAUUUUACAGCCCUCUCUAAACGGUUUACAGAGUCAGCAUAAAUUGCCCCCAACAAUUUGGGUCCUCAUUUUACCCACCUCAGAACUAAAUGAAUUACCUAUAAGUCACCUGUAGACUACUUGUAUUUCUCAUGGUGUUCUCUUUCAUAGUUUAUUUUAUUGUUCCAAUAUCUUAACUUCUGUUUCACUCACACUCUUCAUUUCUUCUUUAUUGUUGUAAGCCAUUUAGAAUAUCCCCAAGGCGAGAUAGGCAGCAUAUAAUUUAACAAAUAAGUAAAUACAUAGGCUACUGGUCCAAUGAGAUUGGCAAUUGCAGAAAGGUAAAGCAGGGAUGUGGUGGCUCAAGGGACACGGUGGCUCAGUGGCUAAGAUGCUGAGCUUGCUGAUCGAAAGGUCCACAGUUCAGCGGUUCGAAUCCCUAGUGCCGUGUUAACAGGGUGAGCUCCCGUUACUUGUCACAGCUUCUGCCAACCUAGCAGUUCGAAAGCAUGUAAAAAAUGCAAGUAGAAAAAAUAGGGACCACCUUUGGUGGGAAGGUAACAGCGUUCCGUGGGCCUUUGGUGUUGCGUCAUGCCGGCCAGAUAACCACAGACAGCGCUGGCUCUUCGGCUUUGAAAUGGAGAUGAGCACCGCCCCCUAGAGUCGGGAACAACUAGCACAUAUGUGCGAGGGGAACCUUUACCUUUAAAAGCAAUGUGAAUAAGUCUUGCCCUUUUAAAAAAAAAAGUGUGUAUCAAGUCAGUGUCAGCUCAUACUAGAUUUAUGUCCUUCCUUUCAUUCAGAAAUUAAGGUGACAUACAGAUCACUCCUUCCUCCCAUUUUCCUACAACAGCGCUGUGAGGUGAGCCCAACUGAGAACGAGGAAAGACAGUCCCACAUCCCUGAGUGAGCUACCAUUGCUGAACCCUGGCCUCUCUGCUGACAGACAAUACCUUGACCUGUCGUGUCCCACUCCUCCGCUGACGGCCAGGUCGGGGAAGUCCGUAUCAGGCGUGCCUCUGCAGCUCUGCCAAAGUCCUAGCAAAGUUCUCAAGGCAGGCAGGAGACCAGGAAGUGACUUCAGCAAUCCAAGUUAGACUUUGCCUGACUCAGAGAAUGCCAGAAAGCAGAUCCUUUAUAUAGGCCAUGGAGUGUGGCUCCAUGACUCAGCACUUAUCCAGGCCUGCCCCUCCCUUCCUUCUGCUGACGCCGCCUAUCAAUUCUCCUGAAGCGAGGAUCUCUCCAGGCUCCAGCUGUUGGUAAUUGACUUUCCUCAGGCUCACAUGCUGUGGGGGAGGGGGAGGGGUCUAGUUGCUCCGUUUGCCUGGGCAUGGAGCCAGGGCUGGGGGCUGGAGGCACUUCAGGCACUUCGUCUUGUUCGGCCUGUCUGGGCAUGGUGCCAGGGCUGGGGCCUGGAGGCAUGCCAGGACAUUCCUCAGCGUUCAGAAGGAGAUAAGAGGGGCCCGGCUGCGGGGAAAGCGAGCGAGACACAACAUGACCCUUACACCAAAAGAAAAUGGUAUAAUCAUGUAAACACCAACUCUUCCGUUCCCUGGGUGUACUCAUUGAGCUAAGCCGUUGUUUAUUUUAAAUAUAGUCUUUUCAAUAAGGUCACAAUGGCCGUUAGGGUUUAUAAUCGUGGCCCACAAAACCCAUUUUGAGCUUGUGCAGUUGCGAUGAUCCCACAGCUGCUUUUUCAAAAGACAACAGGACUUCCUUUGGUGUUCCUUGAAGACGUUUCGCUUCUCAUUCAAGAAGCUUCUUCAGUUCUGAGUGCUGCUCAGUUCUGAAAGGUGCUUUUUUCAAAAGGCAAAUCCAGUGGCCUUUUGAAAAAGCACCUUUGGGACAACCAUGACCUGGAUGACUGAGAAUCUCCAUAGACAUGUAGCUAUGAUCGGGUGUAUCAAGUUGGUGCCGCCACUUAGUGAUAACAUAGUUGGGUUUUCUCCAUGACAAUCUGUUCCUAGCAGUGCAGCCAUCCCUGCUGUAAGUUACUCCUUCCAUCUUGCUGUUGAUUAUCCCCUUCCUUCCUUCCUUCCUUCCUUCCUUCCUUCCUUCCUUCCUUCCUUCCUUCCUUCCCAUCUUUCUUUCCAUCUUUCCCAGCAUUGCAGCUUUCUUAAGAGAACUAGGUCUUUGCAUAAUGUGUCUGAAGUGUGGUUAAUUUGAACCUGGUCAUUUCUGCCUUUGGUGAGAAUUCUGAAUUAGUUGGUUUGAUGAGCCAUUUGUUUGCUUUUUUGGUUGGCCACAGUAUUUCAAGGAAUCUUCUCCAAAGUCUUUCCAUGAUUGCUCCCGAUUUAAUUCUUCCAAUACCUCAAACAGCCAUAAUAUUCUGGGUUUUGUUUCUGCUGGACCCUGUCCGUCCCCAAAUUGUUCACCAGACAUUCCAGAACAUGAUGGCAUCUCCCAGGACAAAGCAUAUGUUCCAGGUCAUACUUAUUCCUAAUUCUAUUUCAAAUAUCAGGUCAACUUUAGUUAUUUAAGCAGCUUCAUCCUUAUCCCAUUUACAGUAUUUACCGAUAAUUAUUGGCCUGUCCCCAAAAAAAAGGUUUGGAAAUAUCCAGUAAAUAUUCAUCCAGUAAAGAAAUGAAUUCUUGUUCGGGCUUUUUCUUGCAUUAGCUAUUUUUCUUAACAUUCUUAAUUUAAGAUAUUCCCCAAAAUCCAAAUAUAACAGUUUUGAAGAA